AUGUCGUUCUCAGACACUGGCCUGUCCAUUCUUUUAUCUCGAGACACUCACAACUCCUCCGACACCGACCCGCCCUCAACGUCCCGAAAGGCGUUAAUCGACACCUUCGUUACUCUCCAGCUGCUUGGGCUUGUUGGCAGUAUCGCGCUCGUCCUAACGACCACACUCUCCCGUCGCGCGCCAAGAAAUGCGACAUGGCAGAACUUCUUCACUAGCUGGAUUAUUUCCACCGCGUCCUACUCCCUCCUGCUUGUGUCUGGGCAGCUCUACAAGGAGCACCCCCCAUUUGGCUUAUGUCUAGCACAAGCGGGGCUAAUCUACGGCACCCCGUCGUUGACUGCUGCAACAACCUUUGGCCUCAUUAUGCAAAUCUGGUUCAGCGUCCAAAAUUUGCUCCUCCGCAAAGUCAAGCACGAGCGCCUGUGGACGGUGGUGAUUCUCGUGUUGCCAUACUGCAUGAUGUUUGGGAUGGUCAUCGCGUCCUGGGUGACGGGAAUCCAAAACCCCUCGCGGGUCAAAGUGAUCGGGAGUGGGAUGUACUGCCACAUCGGGCCGAGCAGCACUCUCGGCAAAGCGUCAGCUGCACUCGUCGCAUUGACAUUGCUCCCCACCAUUGCGCUCGAAAUUACGAUUUGUGUUGCCCUCCGAAAGAAUUGGUCGACUUUCAAGCGCAUGCGGCACUCGAUGUCAAUUACCCUCCGCGUUAUGAUCUUCACGCUGUUCGGUAUCCUCGCCAUCUCGCUCAGCGGUGUCUUCGUAUUUUCAGACAGCCAUGGGGCAGCAAUCAAUGUCAUUCUCGCCGCUCUCCCGGUUAUCGGCGUCAUCAUCUUCGCUUCCCAGACCGACAUCCUCUCCGUCUGGAGAAUAACGCGACAAAGACCCGAGGGUGCCCAGCCCCUCCAGUCACAGGUCUCGGAGACCACAUCAACGAGCAAACCAUUGCCUGAUCUCCCUCCUGGCGCAGUGUAA